CUGAGCUCAACUUGGAAAUUGUUUUGUUCGCAGCCAGCCUGCGUGCGUGCAGUUUGAUAUCUUUCUCUUCUUACUCUUUUGUCCUCUAAGGGCCAUCUUUUCCUCUCCUUCCUUCGCCAGUGCAAUUCUCUAGAAGAUUACGCCGGUGCUGGUCGCCUACCUUUGUAUUCAAGCAGACCUAUACGUUCUUUUGUCAUGGCUAUCGCUGUACCCCUUCCACAGAUAUCCAUAUCUCCUGCACCGCCGCAGGAAGAAUCGGAAGAGCCUUUUUCUCCCUUCGCAUGGGCCACGGUCUCUCCUGAUGGCGAGAAAGAUAGCUUCAGGCCCAGUCAUCUGAGCCCACCACCGGCCAACGGGCGCUUCGUCAGGCAAUUGUCCCCGCUUCGUCCUCUGGAGGCGCCAGUGUCAGGAAAGGGUCUGGAGCGUGGUCGCUUUGAAGCAUUGCUGAGGGCAUCGAGGGAGAGGAACAAAGCUGCGAGUGCGAAGAAGACUGACCUUCGCAAGGAGGUCGCUCUGAAGGCACAUAGGAACAAGCAAUUUGAACGCCGGGCGCUCUUUCUGUCUAAAAUCCUUGCGCCGCCGUCGCCUACGGCAACGUCUCUUCCAAAGACACCACCAGAGUCUCCCGCCAUUUUCCAUUAUACGCUUCCUUCUCCAGGUCUCGUGUCACCUCUUGCACUCUUUGAUUCCUUAAAUAACGAUAAAUCUGGGACUGGUCCCUUGACGUAUCCGAGAGAACCUUGGAUUGAACAGGUGGAUUUCCGACUUCCGAGUCCACCCAAGGAUGGCCUCACGAGCAGUGGACCCGCCAUGACUGCUAUUCAUGAACCCCAACCCCCGAUGCCUUUACCAUCUUUGGAUCAGAUUUCGGCCCGUCUUAGCACACAGAGGCUUCCCAGCUCUGAGGGCAAUUCCAACGGUCGUGCUAACAGACUCCCUGCCUUUUUGACCCAGCCACGUCAACCUGCGAUUGUCGUAGAGCGCCCCACAUUGUCUGUUGGUAGACUUCAGAUGCCAGUCAACACCUCCCGAACAUCGUUUACUGAGCAAAAGAAUUCCCUCCCGCCUACAUCUCUCAGCUCUCCCGCUCUCGAAAUCAAGACCAUUCGGGUUCCCCGCACGGCACGCGUAUCCCAAACACAGUUAUCUGAGUCCAAUCUUCUUGCUCUAGAUUCGCGGGAGCGUCGAGCGAAGGACAUGCUUUCCACGCUUCGCCGUCGAACCCUACCAACGGAAAUUUCCAUUGGUGCACAAGAUAUGGACUCAGAGGAAAGAAAGUGGAGACGCCACAGUGCUCCUGCUGAUCUUACCCCAAGCAAACCCCGGUCUGGUUUCGAGCAUCCAGUUCUUCUCUUACCAGGCGGAUUCUAGGACUCUUCUUCAAGUAUUACUACUACGUUCUUUACGUCACUUUUAUCUUCGUUCUUUGGGAUUUCGAGGAGUCACGUCUUUAUUUCCCUUUUCUUCUCUCUUCGCACAUUGUAUAAUAUUAGCCCCGUCUUCGUUGUUGUGUUUCUAUUUACUCUUUACUUUACUAUUACUUGUGACAAGUUUGUAUCCUCACAACCGGACAUUCGUUACCUCCAUUAUCGAUGACAUGUGGACAAGACUGUUAUUCAUAUAACCUAGUACUUAGCAGGGCGCGGCGCUUAUGUACUGUUGAACCGGUGUUGUACUGGUUUACGGGCAGGUCCUAGUAUUAUUAAUACAGAAUAGAAUUGUCCAAUGCAACAUGAUGUUUCUACAC